AUGCCAUCUGCAGAAGACUCCAAUAAGGCUCUGAACGACGCCACCACCGGCAUCCUGCAAAUUCUCGCCAAAGCUGUGGAAUGGAAAGGCCCUGCCAACGGCCAUUUGAGUAUGGCCAUGGAGAUGGGACACAUUACAUCGGAAGCAUUUGAAAAACAUGGAUGGUUGGCGUCCGUAAUAUCGCCGGUGUUUCUUUUGGCGGUGAUGGAGUUGAUGGAGCAUUGGGACCUGGCUACGAAGUACAUUACAGGAUCGCUCUCCUCGCCAGCCACACAGUCUCCGGACCAACUCACCACAUCAAUCCCGGCACAUGUGCCGGCGUGUCCUACAUCCGGAUUGAAGUCAAAGCCGCGGCCAAAGCCUGUCCCAAAGCAAAAGCAGGUCAUAGACCAUAGUGUUGACAGCAAUGAAGUCGAAAUUAUUGAGGUUGUAACCCCCACUAAUACAACCAGAAAGAGCAAGCAGACGUCUGGAGGUCCUGAGGUUGUUAAGAAAGGUGUGGUCACAGUGCCAGUAUUGGCCGAAACAAAUAUGGCAGAGACUCUAAUGCCGGGUUAUACCGCACCUACCCACAAGCAGCUGGAGAUCGUCACAGAGUCUGAAUCCAAGGUAACAGCGGAUCGCAAAGGGAAGGGAAAGGAGGUGGUGCCACCGAUGGAUACAAGUCGCCAUGGCCAUGGGCGCGCCCUUCAGACCCACUCAAGUUCCACCAAGAUGCUGGUCAAACGGCCUGCUAGUAGGCAGCCAGCACAGGACGCCGGUGGUGAAUGGUUUGAACAGUCGCUAAAGGUCAUCACGGGACAUAAGGCAAGAAAAAGGUACAAGGUUGGCAAUGAUCAAGAUGAGAUACCGCCGGAUAUCGGGGGCGACAUCUGCAUGGGGCUGCAGGAUAUUAGCACUCAAGCUGCAGGACCGGUGUUGGACCUACAGUGUAUCGCCUGUCAGGAAAGAUGUCGGCAAGGAUAUGACACGAGUACUAUAGUCAAAGCUUGCGCCAGAUGCUCCAGGAAGACAAUGAGGUGUUCACAUUCAGAGCCCUCAGUGAACGUCAGACUUCCGUCAGAACCAGCUCCCACUCUCUGUCAGGAUGAAGUUCGCCAUGAUAUUGCCAGACAUGCCUCACCGACAAGGAACAGGUCAAUUGCUGAAGAGAUGGAGAUUGAUGCAUCAGGUGAUGUGGUGUUAAAGGAUUUGCAGGCCAUGUCACUGGAGGUCAAGAAAGACUCGGUGUCCCUCCCCAAGGCCAAAGAUGUGCACGACGCUAUUAAGAACCUGUGUACCGAAGUGGCCGAACUCUGCACUCACAACGCUGCCUCGGUUGAAAUGGUCAAAGCCAUGCAAGUCCACCUUGCUGCCCAAGAUGCUGAAAUCCGAACUAUGGAGACCCUGCACGCCAAAAUCGCCAUAUUACAGGAGGAGGUAAAGACAUUACAAGCAGAAUCCCAAAGUCGCGACGCGCAGCUUAGGAGUGCUGAAGCACGGGUGACUUCACAGGGAACUAGUAUGACUGUAUUGAUGGAUGCCUAUGAGUCCCUUCGCAAACGUAUCAUUCCCGAUUUGUCCGGACCUCCCCAUUUGAAUCAUGGCAUGUUCUUUCCUCCUGCCGGCAAUGUUCCUUCUGCCGGCAAUGUUCCUCCCGCCGGCCUAGAGAUCAGCGCUGGGCAAACAUGGGCAAUGGAACGUUUGUACUUCAAUCUCACCCUGGGUCCUUUCACUGCCGGUCCGUUUGUUCUUCAUUUUGCUCAAUGUUCUGAUAGAGCAUCGAAAUUCACUCCAGGUUGUUCCAAUGCCGCUGGGCCAUCCGUACUUGGUUCUCAGACCAGGCGCUCAUUUGGUGAAUCAGCAUCUAGAAUGGACCGCAACUAG